AUUGUUUUCAGACAGCCUGUAGCUAAUAUAAACGGGCUCAAAGUCCACGGCUUGCCUCAGACCAGUGUUUUGUCAGAGAACCACAUCCAAAGCCGUGAGGAAUUGUCAGGCUGAUAGUCAAAGGAACCUGCUCGAGUUAUAACAUUUUUGUUAAAUCCUUGUAUUCAAAAAAGCAAUAAGCGCCCAUCUGGUGAAAUAAUAAUUCAUUAUGUGAAAAAAGGCAGAAGGCUUGGGAAGAUCAGUCUUUUCUCCUUUUGCCUCAUGUGUUUUUGAGUUAUUGUGAAAUGACAGUGACCAAAAUCUGGAUUCUGGAUUGUGCCGAGUGGAGGAAAAUCCAAGGAACAUUCUGGGCGUGCCUUAAUGGCGGCUUCCCAGAAAGGAUGAUUUUCUGCAGGUGUGAUGUCAGUGAACUGGUGUGUUCUUUAGAGUGGUCUUCAGAAUUGGUAGGAGACAGAGUGGGGAGAAGAAGUGGGUGAGGACUCUGUCCACCAAGAAGGAGCUAGAAUCCUGCGGGAAACUUCUCGUUCUUCCUGAGUUGGCCGCGGCACACCCUCUGGGUGGCACACCCCUCUCUGGAGUCCAGCUCAGCCCACGAACUCCUGGGAGGAAAGCCAGGGCCCCAGCCUUCCCUUUGAGGAGUGGAUGCAGUCCUUCCGUGCGCGCCCAAGCCAGCCCGGGAAGAAAAGCUGAAAUCUUAGCUCUAAGAUUUGUGUGUUUAAUUAAUGACCUGGGAACAGACUGAGUUCAUGGAGGCUCGUCACGUGGUUGAAGACAACCAAGUGGCCCACCCUCAGGACCCUCACCACCCGUCGGAGAAGCCUGUCAUUCACUGCCAUAAAUGUGGGGAGCCAUGCAAGGGUGAAGUACUUCGGGUCCAGACCAAACAUUUCCACAUCAAAUGUUUCACCUGCAAAGUGUGCGGCUGUGACCUGGCACAAGGGGGCUUCUUCAUAAAGAACGGGGAGUAUCUCUGCACCCUGGACUACCAGAGGAUGUAUGGGACACGCUGCCACGGCUGUGGGGAAUUCGUGGAAGGAGAGGUGGUGACCGCCCUGGGCAAGACCUAUCAUCCCAACUGCUUUGCCUGUACCAUCUGCAAGCGCCCGUUUCCACCUGGAGACCGAGUCACGUUCAAUGGGAGAGACUGCCUUUGUCAACUGUGUGCACAGCCAAUGUCGUCCAGCCCUAAAGAAGCCUCCUGCUCCAGCAACUGUGCCGGCUGCGGAAGAGACAUCAAGAACGGGCAGGCCCUGCUAGCCCUGGACAAGCAGUGGCACCUGGGCUGCUUCAAAUGCAAGUCCUGCGGGAAGGUUCUCACCGGGGAGUACAUCAGCAAGUAAGGCUGGGGCCCAGGCCGAGGGAUCCUCGCGAGGGGGCGUCCCCCACCCCCACCCCACACCACCCAACAUAGUGAGAGACAUUCACAUCCCACGAUCAAGACGAACUUUUGCUCUACAACCUCGUUAGUUUUUAUAAAAGGAAUUUUUUUCUGCUGCUCUUGCCAUCGUCUGCUUGCAGUAUAUUUAAUGAAAUGUGAAUCCUUGGCUAAUUGAACAAUUAGCAAAGCUGACAUAAUGUCCACUGUAUGUUGUCAUCAGUUAAGCAUUUAGUAAUUUUACUUUCCCUAAUUUUUCCCCCCGGUUUGGAACUAGUAAACCUUUGACCUCCUUCUAGGUCUUGAAUGUAUUUGUAGACAACCCCCCACCCUAAAAAAACACACAGGGUCUAAGCGCUGAGCGCAUUAGGACCAAUACACAAAACAACCCGGCAGGAGUGGGUUCAUGUUAGAGGCCGAUGCUGGUGCAGAUAAUGGCUGAAGUAAGUGACAUGUUGUUGUUUUUAAUGUAGCUUGGAGAAACUAGUUACAGUGGUUACCUUUUGAUUUAAGGGAAAAAAGAAUGACUAUGGAGGUCCAGUAGCAAU